CAUCAGCCAUUUAGCUACUAUAUAAACAUGACCAAACCCAAUUGCCCCAUUCAUCAAAUAACAAAUUGAGAACAUUGCCUCUCAUUUCAAGGUAAAGAACAAAGAUGUCAGGAAGAGGAAAGGGAGGCAAAGGAUUGGGCAAAGGAGGAGCCAAGAGGCACAGGAAGGUACUAAGGGACAACAUCCAAGGAAUCACAAAGCCAGCUAUUCGUAGGCUUGCUCGUAGAGGUGGUGUGAAGCGUAUUUCUGGAUUGAUUUACGAGGAGACUCGUGGUGUACUGAAGAUUUUCUUGGAGAAUGUGAUACGUGAUGCAGUGACAUACACAGAGCAUGCUAGGAGAAAGACAGUUACUGCUAUGGAUGUGGUUUAUGCCCUCAAGAGGCAAGGAAGAACUCUUUAUGGAUUUGGGGGUUAGGGAUUGUGAAAUUUAGGGUAAUGAUUGUAGAUUUAAUCUUUAGGAUUUUGUGUUUGAUGGUGUAAUUCUCCGUUACAUAUUCAAUGGAAAGAAAUUGCUUAGCCAUUAUUUCUGACUCUGUAUAAUUACUCUCUUUGUUAAUUUACUAUUUUCAGUUUGAAAGGAACCAAAAUAUACUAAUUCAGUUUACUAUUUUA